GCUGCAGAGCUCGGAUCCUCUCCUCUCCCCGGCCGCUCUCAGACCUGUGCGUCCUGCUGGGCCAUGGAGCCAGCCCCCGACGCCGAGGAGGCGCGCUCUGUGCGCGAGGCGCUGGGCCGCUAUGAGGCGGCGCUGGAGGGCGCAGUGCGCGCCCUGCACGAGGACAUGCAGGGGCUGCAGCGCGGCGUGGAGCGGCGCGUGGCCGAGGCGCUGCGCCUGGCCGGCCCGUUGGCGCGCACCGUGGCCGAGCUGCAGCGCGACAACCAGCGGCUGCAGGCGCAGCUCGAGCGCCUGACGCGCCAGGUGGAGGCGCUGGGCUUGGCGAGCGGGCUGUCCCCCGCGCCCGGCACGCCCAGCCCCCCGCCUGCGCCCGGGGUUCCGGACCGCGCGCCCCGCCUGGGCACCGCACGCUUCGCCAGCCACGCCACCUUCUCGCUGUCGGGCCGCGGCCAGAGCGUGGAUCAUGACGAAGCCAGUGAGUUGGAGAUGAGAAGGAGCUCAAACUCGUGUGUCAUCGAGAAUGGGCACCAGCCGGGGGCAGGUCCCGGUGAUGGACCCCCUGAGGUUGCCCACACCUUCCCAGCACCGGAGCCCCCCAAGCCUCGCCCUGUGAGCCUCUCCUUGCGGCUUCCCCACCAGCCCGUCACAGCUGUCACCCGAGUCUCUGAGAGGUUCUCUGGGGAGACCUCAGCUGCAGCUCUAUCGCCCACAUCUGCUGCCAUCCUGGGGGGCCUCACCCCAAGCCCCAGUGAGGUCCCCACACCCUGGACCCCCAGUCCCAGCGAGAAGAAUUCCCCUUUCACGGGGUCUUUGUCGAGCUCUGGCUUUGGGGCGGUGGCAGCAAGCAAACGCAGUGACAGCCCACCGCUGGUGACGCCUCCCCAGUCGCCCGCGUCCCCGCAGCCACCAGCCACGACUCAGGUCCAUCGCCGGGGGGAGCGUCGCAGGGAGCUGGUGAGGUCGCAGACGCUGCCCCGCACCUCGGGGGCGCAGGCCCGGAAGGCGCUGUUUGAGAAGUGGGAGCAGGAUACGGGGGGCAAGGGGAGAGGGGAGGCCCGGGCCAAGCUGAAGCGGUCACAGAGCUUUGGCGUGGCCAGUGCCAGCAGCAUCAAGCAGAUCCUGCUCGAGUGGUGUCGCAGCAAGACCCUGGGCUACCAGCACGUGGACCUGCAGAACUUCUCCUCCAGCUGGAGCGACGGCAUGGCCUUCUGCGCCCUGGUGCACUCCUUCUUCCCUGACGCCUUCGACUAUAACAGCCUGAGCCCCACGCAGCGGCAGAAGAACUUUGAGCUGGCCUUCACCAUGGCCGAGAAUCUGGCGAACUGUGAGCGCCUGAUCGAAGUGGAGGAUAUGAUGGUGAUGGGCCGCAAGCCGGACCCCAUGUGCGUCUUCACCUACGUGCAGUCGCUGUACAACCACCUGCGUCGCUUUGAGUGAGGCCCCCGGCCCUGAGAGCCAAAGAGCAACCCCAGGGAGAGACUGCGGGGUGUCGUGGGCCACUCCGGGGCUGCCUGCGUUCCCCAGUCCGAUGGCCCCGAGCAGAGCUGCCUUGCGGUGUGAACGAGCUGUUUGUUCUGCGGUGUGUGACUGCUGAGCUGUGCUCUGACAGUGCUGAUCACAGCCAAGGGCUCGAAGGAGAAGGGAAAAUUAUCAGAGAGAGAGAAAUUGGUGCUAAGUAACGAUCUUCCCAAAGAAAUGCUUGUCUCUUGUAGAUCCCGGGACACUAAAUUACGAUUUUCCCUCUGGUGAAUUUGAUACGUCGGCUUUACAGGGUCACAUUGAUUACCAAAUGUUUUUUAUCAAAAUACCCAGAGUUUUUUACUUCCUCACACUAUUGUAGGUCCCUUUCCUCCCUCCCUCUGGGCCGCUGCCAGGAAACAGAGAGACUGCUUAAUCAGCAGCUUGACAAAGAAGGCCGGAGUCUUGGGAAGAAACAGUUUAAUCACUCCCAAGACCUGGGCAACAGAUGACCUUCGAGUCACCUCCGCUCUCUGGGGGAGGUGGGAGGGCUCUCGCCUUGGUCCCAAAGUGCUCCUGUUCUUCCCAGGAGGCCCCACAAGUGUUUGGCUAAGAAUAGGCUCUCGGGAAGUUAACACUUUUGGGGAAGUUAGGCCUUUUGUGCUGAGAGAGAGUUUUUAUUCACAUCUUUUAGGGGAUUUGCUGCAGAUAUUUAUAAAAAGUAACUCCGUCUGUACCGUUGACCCAUUUGUACAUAAAAAGAUGUGUUGAACUUUG